AUGGCACGGGCGUUGGCCCUCCUUGCGGCUGAGAACAGUUUGGCCCCUGCAGACCUCGCUGACUACUUGCUACCUGUGGCCUUCACCAACAUGUGCCUGCCUUCAUCUGAGGAGGUGGUUGACGCAUGGGUGCGGGUGGCAGUAGCUGUCAUUCCACAGAUGGAGCGUGCAGCCGUCAACAGCAGAGUGGUGCCAUUUGCUCUGGCCAGGGCGCAGGCUCACGGGCAGACGACGCAGGGGCGCCUGAUGUGCUGCGCCCUCCUCGGAGCCGCUGCAGUCAAGCUGAGCAGGGAGGACAUCGAGCUGCAGUUCCUGCACAAAGCAGUGGCUCUGUGCCAGGACACGGAGAAGCUGGUGCGGCAGUGCAUGUGCGAGCAGCUGCCGGCGCUGGCGCUGUCCCUCGGCCGCGAGCCGUGCGUGGACGUGAUCCUGCCGGAGGUGCUCGAGCUGGCGGAGGACGAGGAGAGGGCGGUGCGCUGCGCCGCGAUCCGCGCGCUCGGCUGCGUGCUGCACCUUCUGCCAGGGGAUAGGCGGCGGUCGAGGGCGUUCCCUUUCGUGCGCGCGCUCUGCGCGGCCGCCGACAUCAGCGCCGAGGUGCAACGCUGCGUCGCGCGCCUCUUCUGCGGCCAGCUCAUGCAGGCGCGGCGCUAUCUCUGUGUGGCGGCAGACUUGGACAACGAGAGCGAUGUGGUGAUGCUGCUAGCGGCUUUCAGGAGCCUGGCUGCUGCGAAGGACAUCCAGUGCCGUGCGUGCUGCGCUGCCGCCCUCUCCACUGUCCUGCGAGCAGCAACCCCCCGAAGGUACUCGACGCAUCUACACGGAGCGCUGACAGCACUGGUUGGAGACACGGAAGUCGAGGUUAGGUCGCAGAUGGCUGCCGGGUUUCACGAGUGCGCGUUGCUCCUGGGCCGGGACCGCUGCGUGCAGUACAUGAGAAGGCCGCUGCUGCACCUGUUGGGGGAUGGGAGCGCAGCGGUGCGCGAGGCGGCUGUGCGGCAGCUGCCGGGGACUCUGGAGCUGUUUGCUGCGCCAGGUGGUGUUGAUGAUGCGCGCGCUGGUGCUGAGCUAGCGCAAGCGCUGGUGAGCCUGGACGCCAGCCUCGGCCUGGACUGGCGCUCGCAGGAGGCCAUGCUGCUCUCCUUCCCAGCCCUAGCCCAAAUUCUGAGUGGCGACCAGAUAUACGAGCGCCUUCUGCCAAUCACGCUGCGGCACAUGGCGGGCGGUGCCGCGCCGAUGCGCGCGGCCGCGGCCGGGGCUGCAGUGGCGUUCCUGCGCUGCCUGCGCAAGCCAUACCAGCAAACCGAGCUCCUGGUGCGGCUUCUGCGCGAAUUUGCACGCAGCCGAUCCUGCUCCCACCGCCUUCUCUUUGUGGAUGUGUGCCACGCGCUCCUCAGGCUAUUCAGCGCCAGGUUCUUCAAGGCCCACGCGCUGAACCCGGCGCUGGAGCUUCUGUCAGACAGCGUUGUGGGCGUGCGGCUGCGUGCGGCCACCCUUCUCCCAUUGCUAAGGCAGAUUCUGCUGCUGCCGAGCAACGCGGAGGCGGCUGCUCGGCUAGACGCGGCUACGGCCGCGCUGCAGAGCGAUGUCGACCGGGACGUGCGAUUGGAGGUCGGCAGGGCGCUAGAGCAGAUUGAGGGCACAGGGAACGCCUCCAGCGCGUGGCGGGAGGAGGACGGCAGGAAAGAGGAGGAGGAGGCCGACAUGCACUUCAUCCCCGAGGAGAUAGAGAGGCUGCACAACGAGGACACACCGGAAAAGCGCCGGCUUGCGGCGGCGGCCGCAACGGCGGCGUCGGCCCGGCGCGGCCGGCCGGCCAACGGAGCGUCCGAUGCUCUUGCGCGUGCUGCCGGGCGGCUGCAGCAGGGCCAAUCUGGCGGCGAGCCCUGCCUCAGCAGCAGCACAAGCUUCAAGCGAGCCGCGGAUGCUGGUGCACCUGCAUGCGCGCAGCCACCAGGCAGCGGCCAAGCUGGACCUGCAACUGGAGCACUAAGCGGCCUGGAAGCGGCCAGCGCUGGAGGCUCAAAGCCGGCGAAGCCUGCUGUGCUGGCGGCUGCCAAGGGCAAGGGCAGCGAUGCUGCCAGGCUUGCUGCCAGGUUGGCAAAGCUGACCGUUGAGGCAGAUACACAGCUCACGCGCACAAGAGGAAGCUCACCGCAGCCGCCCCCAUCAGAUGUAGCUGCAGUCAAGACAUCGCCUCCAGCCACGGCUUCCAGGGCUAUGGCAAGCAAUGCAUCUGCACCUGUGGCCUCCACCAUGCCCAAAAGGUACGCAUUGGUUUCCGGCUUCACCAACUGGCAGAAGUACUUCACCGACUGGCAGAAGUGGUCAAUUGUUCUGAUGCGCAUCUGA